AUGGCCGCCCAAAUAAAUCAGGCGCAGAAUGGCCCAGCAGCCCCAGUAUACAUACUACGAGGCCAUGGUGCUCCGAUACACGCGCUAGACAUCUUUGCUCAAAACCUACGACUUGUCUCCGGGGAUGCCAAUGGGUGGGUCGUUAUUUGGGAUUUAGCGACAAAACGCCCAGUGACGGUAUGGAAAGCACACGCAGGCGCAGUACUCGAAGUGAAAGGAUUUAAAUAUGACACUGGAAUCACAGAAAUUUACACACAUGGUCGUGACCACAAGCUUUGUGUUUGGAAGAUCCGGGUGGAUGAUGAAGAUUACCUCGAUAAGACUCUUCCUGUUGACUUAGGCGCCGAAUCAAACUCUACAGAGACAAGAGCACAACCUUGGUUACUCCAUUCUAUGCCUGUUAAUGCACUGAAUUUCUGCGCCUUCUCAAUGACAUCUAUCCACACUACGGACAUCUCAUCGCAAGAUGUGCAAGAUGAGCCCGAUUCUACAUCCCGGCCUACUACUCUCUUCGCAGUACCAAAUGCGAUGGACUCUGGAGGAAUUGAUAUAUUCCAUCUGCCAACUGAGCGCCGUUUAUCCACCAUCUCAUCAGAUCCAGCUGUUAAGACCGGGAUGGUAAUGGCGGUCAACAUUUUCGUUGCCUCCUCCGGCGAUAUUUAUGUGGCAUCCGCCUACGAAGACGGACAUGUAAUGAUCCUCUUCCACAAAGGACCACUAGCCCCAGCCGAUUUUGAACUUAAAAAUAUUGCUUCAAACCCGUUAAAAUGGGAAAGGCUCUACGCUAGCCGUCCACAUACGCAACCUGUUCUUUCGAUUGAUGUUUCCCCGUCGAAAGAUUAUUUCCUCUCUUCUUCUGCUGAUGCUUUGAUAAUUAAGCAUCCCGUUCCUGGGACUGAGGUCCUGGGGGAUAUCCCAAUCAUCAACUAUAAGGAAGAGACACCUCUGAAAACAGUUAAUACAAAGCAUUCUGGGCAGCAGGGCUUGAAAUUACGGAGUGAUGGUAAGAUAUUUGCUACUGCGGGAUGGGACAGCAGAGUGCGGAUUUAUUCUGGUAAAACCAUGAAGGAACUUGCUGUACUUAAGUGGCAUAAGGAUGGAUGCUACUCUGUUGCAUUUGGGAAUACUGCUACUGCACCACGACCACCAGAAGCAAAUAGUCCUGAAAAUCCUGGAGCGGAGAGCAGGACCGAGGUCGGUGGUGAAGGGCAAUCGCUUGAGAGAUCUGACUACUCCUUGGCGGCUGUUCAAGACCAAAGAAAUCAGAAAAUACAACAAACGCACUGGUUGGCAGCAGGGUCCAAGGAUGGAAAAAUUUCAUUAUGGGAUAUCUACUGA